AUGUCUGCCAUCACGGGCACCGCAGCCAAUGCGAAUGUGAACAGUGGUCGUUUGCUCUACGCUGGCUAUCCUUCGAUCAGCGACCCAACCUACCCACUACCGAGCAGCACUACGAGCCAGACUGCUCUGACUUCGACUAUCUCAAUGUCUGCUGUGCCUGCUUCGACUGUGACAACUUCGGCAGCAUCCACAACCUCAUAUGUUCCCACUACUUGUCCAGCCGCUCCUACAGAUGCAUCGACAAUCUGUCCAGGCAAUUCUCCUCUAUGCUACCAAUACGAUUUCCUGGGUAAUUCGGCAAACUACGAGAUUGAAUGCUCUACUCAAUUUACAGGGUCGACGUCGCAGGCUCUGCUGACAUUUGAUUUGAACGACUGCAUCAAUCAAUGUCAGUAUGCGAAUGUUCUCAGAGCCAACAGUUGCCUGGGCGUGACUUUCAUGGAAACGCCAGUUGGUCAAGGGACGACCAACAACUGCCUUCCAUUUUCUUGCAUCACCUGUGGCACACGCGGCAACGCUACAUUCAGCAGCGCCCGGUUGCUCUACGCAGGCUAUCUUCGGAUCACCGAUUAUACUGACCCGAGCUUCUUGUGUGGCAGCUCCGCAACUUCAUCAUCGGCGACGUCCUCAAAUCCAGCAGCCCAAGCGACACCCAACCCCGUCACAACACAGUCAUCGACGACCACAACUCGGGCUCAAGCCGCUGCAACAACUUCGGCGAGUCCGGUCAAUGAUCUUUCUCAAGCAACAUCAAAUAACUUUCCGCUGGCUUACCCUCAAGACCCGAUCUGCGACAACAACCUUCGUUCCAAGUAUUAUGGCGGCCAAAUACAGGUGAAUCCGGUACAGGGUCGUAUUUAUGACAUCGAGUGCGCAUCUGAUUACACGAACCCUGGCAACAAUCCCUUCGGCGCAACUACUCAACCAACCUACAACAGCUGUGCCAACCAAUGCGACGUUGCCGCCGCGCAAAGCACCACCUGCGCCGCUUUCUCCUGGUCCGCCUCAUCUGGCCUCUGCACUCUCUUUGGCCGUGUCAGCAACGGUGUUCAACUCACCACCAACAUGACACAGACUAACGGCGUGCACUCAGGCCGCUUGCUCACCCCUAUAGGCAGCCCAACCACAUCGCAACCUUUGCAACUGUACCUCGCUCGACCAAUUCCCUUCCAGGUGGGCCCCAUAUCGUCAGGCUCUCAGACAGCGCGCGACUAUCCAGGUGGUACCAAUACGUACUUCAAUGGCUGGAGCGACACCAACCACGCCACGUUGCUGGACCUCUCGACCGUGCUACCUGGAUACACGUGGCGCAUCUUCGGUCAAUCGACCACCACACUCUGGGUGACGGCAAAUUUCUGGUUCACAAACACAAAUCUCGCCGUCACGUCAUCGACGCAGAACACUUGGUCUACGCUGUCUCGCAAUAGCGAUUCUUCUCCUCUGGCCUUCCCGGCUGGUAAUCUUCCAGGCUACACACUAGCCCCAUUCUGGUCAUACGGUCACAUCAUCGGCGCCUCCCAGCAGGGCAUAUACUACCAAAUCGACCUGAUCUCGUCGGGCCGCUACGGAAUCAGCAUCGAAUGGUUUUUCUCCCAUUACGGCCAAGACAACAACGUCUUCCACGCCGUAACGACAUACGAUACCGGCCUGCCUGGCGUGUGGUCAACCUACUUCUUCAGCGCGGGGGCUACCUCUGGGGCGUUUGAAGACCAAGGCUUGAGACAGACGGCCGGUGGGCAAGGCGAUCCGAGUAUUCAGAGCCAGUAUUUCACCUACUGCGCAGGCGUCCAGGAUUGUGUGUUGCCGGGAGCCAAGAUGAAGAUGGACACCACCCAGCUGAAUAACAUGGGUGCGGUGAUGAAUUACACGGCCGCGCUGUUCAACCCCGCGACUUAUCAAGUGGGCACCUGGACUUGGAACACGAAGCCGUGCUGCUGA